GCACACAAUCCAAACGGGAGAAACCUAGCGAAUAAAUUUAGUAACGUACGGUGACCAGGAUCCUCUAUCAAGCUCAAAACACAAAUCCAACCAUCAGAACCCAUUCAGGGCCUGAAAUUUCUUUGUUGCACACGUUUCAUGGAAUGAGUGGGUCUGUCACAAAUGGAUUCCAUGAGGCUUAAGAUCUUCAGCAGGAAGGGAUAAACUCUCACAGUGGUUUUUACUCCGCCGUCCCCUCUCUGAAAACCAGCAGAGGUGAAUCACCCCUUGUCUUUUUCUUUCUUUUGGCUUAUAAAGCUCGCCUCACACCCCCAGGAGAGGCUCACAGGGCAGAAAAACUCAAGAAGAGUGUGUUAGGGGGGAGAGAGAAGGAGAGGGAGAUGGGGAAGGGUGGUGAAGGAGGUGGAGAUGGGAAUGGGGAGAACAUGGCAGCCUGGCUGGUGGCUGUUAACUCCCUCAAGAUCCAGCCUUACCAGCUCCCACCUCUUGGCCCUCGCGAUGUUCGGGUGCGCAUGAAAGCCGUGGGUAUCUGCGGAAGUGAUGUUCAUUACCUCAAGACCAUGAGCUGUGCCCAAUAUGUUGUCAAAGAGCCUAUGGUAAUUGGGCAUGAAUGUGCUGGGGUUAUUGAAGAGGUGGGCAGCGAAGUGACUUCCCUCGCUGUGGGUGACCGCGUGGCCAUAGAACCGGGGAUCAGCUGUGGACACUGUAAGCACUGCAAAGGUGGCCGGUACAACCUGUGCCCGGAUAUGAAGUUCUUUGCCACACCUCCUGUUCAUGGUUCCUUGGCUAAUCAGAUCGUGCAUCCUGCUGAUCUCUGUUUUAAGCUUCCAGACAAUGUAAGCUUGGAGGAAGGGGCAAUGUGCGAGCCCCUCAGUGUUGGAGUCUAUGCGUGUCGCCGUGCUUUUGUUGGUCCGGAGACAAAUGUGCUAAUUGUGGGAGCUGGACCAAUAGGCCUAGUCACAAUGCUUGCAGCUCGUGCUUUUGGUGCUUCAAAAAUAGUUAUAACCGAUGCUGAUGAUAGUCGUCUAUCAGUUGCAAAGACUCUUGGAGCAGAUGAUACUGUUAAAGUUUCUAAAAACAUGGAGGAUCUUGAUGAGGAGGUUAUUCAAAUACAGAAGGCUAUGGGUGCUGACAUUCAUGCGACGUUUGAUUGUGCUGGUUUUAGCAAAACAAUGUCAACUGCUCUUAAUGCUACUUGUGCUGGUGGGAAAGUUUGCCUCGUUGGAAUGGGCGAAAAUGAGCUGACUGUCCCCCUUACUCCUGCUGCAGCAAGAGAGGUUGAUGUCAUUGGUGUCUUCCGCUACAAGGACACUUGGCCAUUAUGUAUUGAGUUCCUGAGGAGUGGAAAGGUCGAUGUGAGACCUUUGAUAACUCACAGGUUUGGAUUCUCUCAGGAGGAGGUGGAGAAAGCUUUUGAGGUCAGUGCUCGUGGUCAUGAUGCAAUCAAGGUGAUGUUUAAUCUGUAGCUGUCAAGACAUCAGCAAUGAGUGUGGCGUCCGGGUCUAUCACUUAAGUAGUAAUAUGAGAGCAUGGUUUGAUGUCAUAAGAUGAGUAAUAUGGGGGGUUAGUCUGCAUCAUUUGGGUCUGUCUUAGGUACUUGUAUGGAAUACUAGCUUCCAUGCCAUCAUAUGGGAAAUAAAAGUGAGCCUUGUCUGUAUGUUUAACUAAGAGUUUCUUUAUGGUGUUCUAAUGACAUUUUCUUGUAUUUAAUAUUCUGUCUCUUUACUGCUUUA